AUGGAUUUCAUCAAGACCAGUUCCCUGCGUGCUCUGAUUGAGUUAACUUUCCAACGCAACUGGAAUGGCUUCAUUUGGAUGAGUAGAAAAGGAGUUAUAGCCAAAAGAGUGAAGGCUGCUCCAGACGGCCAUAUCGAGAAUCAGCGCCGAACGCGCAGACCGGCUGGCCGAGGAACGAAUGUUCCGCGCUCGGCCAAAACCGUCCGUCCGACUGAAGUCUCGGCCAAAGUUCCAAGCCAUCGGCCGAUCACGCAUCACGACCCGGGAAACAUUGUCCCGCGGUCGGCCAAGCAACGCCACGCCACGCCGCGCACGACCAAGCGCGCGAGCCGGGAAACAAGCCUCGCGGCCGCGCAACUCGUUCCGCGUACCACGGCCGAUGCAUCCGUCCGAGCCGGGAAGAACGUCCCACGUCCGGCCGAGAAACCAUCGGCCAAAUUCAUCCGUCCGACCAAGCCGGCCGACCGUGAAACAUCCGGCCCGACCGUUCCGACUCGGCCAAAGACCCGACUGUCCGGCCGACCGUCCCGACGACCGUCCGAACGCCGCGGUCGACCCGAAGCCGUUUUUGAAGCCCAAUCCGCACAAUUCAAGCCCAAAGCCGGCGCCGACCUAGCUAGAUUAGUGUGCAAUCUGGUCCUUGUGUUCGAUACCCGUUUACUACUUCUGACCUGUGCACUUGCAGAAUCAGGGAUAGGAAAGGGAAGACCUGAUCCCGGGAUCACCCGGGUGUCUCUUGUCGGCGAUGGCAAGAGAGUCGGGAGCCGACUUCUUGAUCAUGGAAGGGUCAAGAAUCGGUGUGAGAGUCCGGUCAGGGUUACUGUGUGUUUCCCUGGCGCGGAUAUCACGGUGAGGGGAGAUCCGUGCAUGAUAGAAGCCGAUACCACGUAG